AAAUAUAAUUACUAAAAAUAAAUCAAAAGAAGAAGAGGGCUAUAGGGGAGGAGGAGAAAGAAGGAGAGGUGCUUGUGCUCCUUCAACUGAUGGGAAAAAUUUUUUUGAAUCUGGUAGAUGCUCAUAUUCUUAGUUGAACCUUUGUUUUCUUUUAUACUCAUCAUCGAUUGAUCUAACACGAACCUAUAAACAAUAACCUCAGAUCAUCCAAAUGUAAGUAACCGACGAAUCUUUCUCUGCUCUAUGUCCAAAAUCCAAACUCCAUGGAUUUCUCAACUCUUCAGUCUAGAGCUUCUACCGCCUACUUCCCACCUCACCGUACACAGUUGCAUCCUCGCAUGCACUUGGACUCCUUCUCUUCUCCAUACCAACCUCCUCAAAAUCCCAACAACAAAUCACAAACCCACAAAUUUCUUAUCCUCUUCAUCUCCCUUCUCACAGUUGCUUUCCUCUUUUACCUCUUUUCUACCGCUCAGAAGAUCCACCAUUCGUCGAAAUUUGCAGAACCCAAAUCCCAAUUCUUCUCUGUUGUUAUCGAUUCGGGUCCUUCUGGGUCUCGCGUCCGCGUCUACGAGCUCUUGGUGGAGGGAAGCAUGCCUUUUACCAAUGGUCAAAUGCCGCUGAUUGCUGGGUCCAUGAAGGUUCGGUCUCGAUUGGCUGGAUUUUCAGAGAACCCGGAUAAUGCAGGUGGUUUGGUUGAUGGGUUGGUCGAGUUUGCCAAGGGGUUUGUACCCAAGAAAGAGUGGGCGAAUACUAAGGUGCAGUUAAUGGCCGGUGGUGAGGAAGCGGAGGGGUUGGAGUUGAAGGUGAGAGAGAUGAUAUUGGAGUCUUGUAGACGUGUUUUGAGAGAGUCUGGGUUCACGUUUAAGGAAGAGUGGGCACGGUUUAUUGAAGAUGGCGAAAAGGGUGUCUUUGCUUGGGUUGCUGUAAACUAUGCUCUUGGAACACUGGGAAGUGAUCCUCAGAAGACCACUGGGGUAGUUGAACUUGGUGGAACUUCUUUGCAGGCUGCAUUUGCUUCAAGAGAAGUAGCAAAAGGGCAAUCUCUACGGAUGAUCAAAUGGGCUGGAGUUGCUUACAAUAUUCAGACACAAAGCUUUCCGAAAUUUGGCCAGGAUGCAGCAUGGGAGUCUCUACAUGAGCUACACCAUUCUAGAGAGUUGAUCUCCCUGCCUAAUGAUAAGGAGGGAUCGUUUGGCAACCCUUGCAUUCCCAAAGGAUAUGAGCUGGCAUCCAAUGCAAGUGAUGCCAAACUUCUCUUAUCGCAACCAGCUGGAAACUUUACUGCCUGCAGACUUGAAGCUUUGGCAUUGUUGAAGAGUAGACAAGCAAAAUGCUUACAUUCGCCAUGUAAAAUUGUGCCAUCUUUGUUCUCGGAGCUACAAGGGAAGCAUGUUUCUCAAGAAACCUUGUUCUAUACUUCUGAGUUCUUUGGCCUGGCUCCUAGGACUACUUUGUUUGAAUUGGAGGCAGUUGGGCAACAUUACUGUGAAAAUGAUUGGGAUGAACUGAGAAGUCAACAUCAUGGCAUUGAUGAUAUGGAUUUGUUGAGAUAUUGUUUUUCUUCUGCAUACAUGGUAGCACUGUUGCAUGACAGCCUUGGAAUUCCAAUGAAUGAUAAAAGAAUUGGUUUUGCAAAUUAUACUGGAAGCUUUCAUUUUGACUGGAGUCUUGGAGCUUUUAUCCUGCAAUCAAUGCUGGAGCCCCUUGACAUGGAAAUGGAUAACCUUGACCAAAUUGUUGGAAACGAGUCAGUGACAUACUUCUCAUUGUUUGCUUUUCUUCUAAUAGUUUUGCUUGCUGUAUUUUUUCUACUACAAUGGCGAAAACCACAGUUGAAAACAGUAUAUGAUCUAGAAAAAGGGCACUAUAUUGUCACACGGGUGCCCAGGUGAUUGUCACCCAACCAUUUUGUUCUUGUGAGAAUAAUAUAUGUGCAUUCUGUUGUAUUUUUA